CGUUCUUCGCACGGCCGGCCCGCACAGCCCGCUCCCGGGCAGGAGAAGAGCGGCGGCGGCGGCGGCAUGACAGCCCGGUGCCAGUGAGCGGCGGCCCCGCAGGCUGGAGCCUCCCCGGCGGCGGCAGGACUUCAGACAUGGAUUUGUUCCGGGUCUGCACCUUUCUCGUCACGCUGAUGUUGUCCAGGGGCAGCUCUUCAGACACAGAGAAACAGAGUAUAGACUCUGGGUUGGAAAUCUAUAAGAAGCUGUUUGAGGUGAAGCGCAAGGACCAGAUGAACGCGCUGAAGAACCUGAUUGAGCUCAACGACGUGAACCAACAAUAUAAAAUCAUCGACAUCAUGCUCAAGGGACUCUUCAAAGUGCUGGAGGACUCCCGGGCGGUCCUCAUAGCCGCAGAUGUGCCUCCAGAUGGGCCCUUCCCUCAGGACGAGAAGCUAAAGGAUGCCUAUUCCCACGUGGUGGAGAACACGGCUUUCUUUGGAGACGUGGUUCUGCGUUUCCCCAAAAUCGUCCACCAUUACUUUGACCGCAACUCCAACUGGAACAACCUGGUCCGCUGGGGCAUCAGCUUCUGCAACCAGACAGGCGUGUUCGAUCAGGGACCUCACUCCCAAGUGCUCGGACUGAUGGCUCAGGAGCUGGGAAUUAGUGAGAAAUCUCCGGAUUACCAGAAUCCCUUUAAAACCGACCAUUCUGAGUUUUUCCCCAGUGCAGACACGUUCCAGAAGGCCCUGCGAGAGGAGGAGAAACGGAGAAAGAAAGAAGAGAAACGGAAGGAGAUCCGCAAGGGGCCCCGCAUCUCGCGCUCGCAGUCAGAGUUAUAGCGCUGGCACCGGCCUCGUCGCUGAGACCCCUGCUGGCGGGAGAUGCCGCGCCUGGAAGCAGAGUGUCCUACUCCCUCAGCAGCCUCAGGAGAAGGCUGGGCGGGUCACCUUUAAUUUGUUUAAUAGUUUUUGUUUUCCUUUUUUCUGUGGUGUAUCGGACAAGGACUGGAUUGAAUCCUGAGAAGGGACUGGACGCAGCUCCUGGAUACAGCCCCCCGUGGGGAAGCUCUCCAUAGUCAUUGGCAUACAGAGGGUCCAGCAGAGAACAUCCAUUGGGUGCAUGCACUGUAGGGCUUUGCUGAUAUUAACAAUGAGACUGCAUGGAGGCAGGGAGGGAUUAGAGUGGUACCUGCCCCCCUGGAACCACAAUGCAGGAUACAGGGCAUAGUUAUACUGGGCAGGUCUAUGUUGCAAGCUGCAUAGUUAUACCGGUCAGAGGGAAAGCAUGGUAGGGUGUGUGGUUAGACCAGAUACCCACAGGUCUUGGGAACCUUCAGUUACUGGAGAAAUACAAUGUAUCAUGUAUUAAACAUGCUCCCUUCCCCCUGGAAAUGGGGGGUAGACGGUGUAACUCAGCGGCUCCAACAGUGAUGGCACUUUUGUAUGGUUCAAUUAGCCAGCUAGUCCCUCCCCUGCCACUUAUACCAAAUCCUGCAUUAUUGGAACCUCCAUCCACCAAUCAGAUCUCUCCUUUCUAAUGGCUGUUUUAUUAAAGAAACAUAAUUUUAAAUCUAAAUAGACCAUUGGCUGAUUUGGAUUUGAGAGAGCCAACGGGGUGAACCCCCACCCAUGUAGUGGGAGGCAGCCCGCUUUCCCAGGGCUGCAGGGGGAAAGGUUGUGUCUGUUUGGGUUUUUUU